AUGGAGUUUGAUCCAAAGCAUGGGGUAAGCAUGUCUACUCAAAGCCAGCCGCCGAUGUUGUUGUCUGACAACUGUCUAAAACCCUUUGAAACCACGAUCCCAUCUUCUUCCUCAAAGGAUUAUUACCUGCAAGACUUUCACCACCUCGAUCAUGAUCAUCAAAUUCACGUCAAUGGGUCGUCUUCGAACCCUGUUUAUGUUUAUGAUUCUUUCGAUGCAUUCCCUUACAGCUGCUCCAGGAACAGUUUAGAUUUUUACGAGUGCAAGCCGUUUGCUGCUGUAGCGGAUCACGGUAGCGUCGGACAUGGACAGGUCAUGGACAACUUCGGGAGCGUGGGAAUGUUGAACCUUUGUCAUCAAGGGAACAUGUCCAACGAUAUUAUUAUGGGAUCCGACGUCGGGAAUUACAUGGCGGCACCCUUUGAUUUUGUGGUGGCGGAUGAAAUGUCGUGUGUGACUGCAGAAAAUGGUUACUGCGACAAGAAUAGGACAUUGGCCAAUCCAACCUCUAGGAGGACUACAAAUUGGAAAGGUCGUAAGAAGUCUAAUGGAGUCAAGGGACAGUGGACAAUGGAAGAAGACAGGCUGCUGAUUCAGUUAGUUGAUCAGUAUGGAGUGAGAAAAUGGUCUCAUAUUGCUCAGAUGUUGCCUGGAAGAAUAGGGAAGCAAUGCCGAGAGAGAUGGCACAAUCAUCUAAGACCAGACAUCAAGAAGGACACAUGGAGUGAGGAGGAGGAUAAGGUGUUAAUAGAAUCCCAUACAGAAAUAGGGAACAAAUGGGCAGAAAUUGCAAAGAGGCUCCCUGGAAGAACAGAAAACUCCAUCAAGAAUCAUUGGAAUGCAACCAGAAGAAGGCAAUUUUCAAAGAGGAAAUGUCGUUCCAAGUACCCUAGAGGCUCCAUCCUGCAGGAAUACAUCAAGAGCUUAAACUUAGAGUCAAGCAGCAGCACAAGAUCCCAAGAAAAAUCUUCGAAUGCUACCGAGGUACCAGCAGCAGAUAAGAGCUCGACCAAGCCGUUAGAUUUUUGCCCUAGCACAGACCGUGUGGUUCCAGAAUAUGUAUUUAAUGAGUUUUCUUUUGAUGAGAAACUGCUUCAAGAGAGCUGCAGCAUUGACUCUCUUCUUGAUCAAAUACCCGCUGCUCCUAUGGCAGGUGACAAAAGAUUUGAGAUGGAUAUGGGGACAGUGAAUAAGGAGCUAGACUUGGUGGAGAUGAUCUCAGCCCACCCUAACAUCUAAAUAACACCUCAAAACCAGUGUGAGACAAACUAUCCGGAGGAGGUUUAGGGUUUUUCUAGAUGGAGAAGAAAUAUCUUAGAGAUAAGAGGGUGG